AUGGGUUCUUCAGCGCUGCCUGUCGCCUUGCAGGACAAACUGGUAGGCUACGGCCGGGCCUCCAGGGCUCGCCUGUCGGCCGUGAAUCUGGAUCUUUUCCGAAACAUUGUCUUUAUCCUGUUCCUCUUCCGGUAUACUCGCAAGGCUUUCUAUUCGCUCCGCGGCUAUGGCUUGUUUGGUAGCAUUCGCAAUAUCUAUAUCGCUGUCCGUCUUUUCUGCUACUCCAUCUUCUUGCGCGCUCCCGGUGUCCGUGGCCAAGUCGACAAACAAGUCUUCACCGCGAUCGAGAAGCUUGAGAGCAAGCUGGUGCAGAGCGGACCGGACGUGGAUCGCCAUUUGACCUUACCUUUGGAGGGUUGGACGGCCGACCGGGUUCGCGAGGAGCUCAACAAGUUAGCCGGCCUGGAACACACCCGCUGGGAGGAUGGUCGUGUCAGUGGUGCGGUAUACCACGGAGGAGAGGAUUUGCUGAAGCUCCAGGCGGGUGCGUUUGAGCAAUUCGGUGUCGCAAACCCAAUCCACCCAGAUGUCUUCCCUGGGGUUCGAAAGAUGGAGGCCGAAGUUGUUGCCAUGGUUCUGUCCAUGUUCAACGGUCCCUCUGAUGGCGCUGGUGUGACAACCAGCGGCGGUACGGAGUCGAUUAUUAUGGCCUGCUUGGGCGCCCGUCAAAAAGCCUUCCUUGAGCGUGGAGUGACGGAGCCUGAGAUGAUCAUUCCAGACACCGCCCACGCGGCCUUCAUCAAAGCCUGCAACUACUUCAAGAUCAAACUGCACCGUGUGCCUUGCCCUGAGCCCGAAUUCAAGGUUGAUGUCAAUGCGGUUCGUCGCCUGAUCAACCCCAACACGGUUCUCCUCGUUGGCUCAGCCCCCAAUUUCCCCCAUGGAAUGGUCGACGACAUUCCCGCCCUCUCGCGCCUGGCCACCAAGUACAAAAUCCCUCUCCAUGUGGACUGCUGCCUGGGCUCCUUUAUUAUUGCCCACCUCAAGAAGGCUGGCUUCCCAUCACCGUACGAGGAGGAGGGUGGCUUUGAUUUCCGCCAGCCUGGUGUCACCAGCAUCAGUGUGGACACCCACAAGUACGGGUUCGCGCCCAAGGGUAACUCUGUUCUGUUGUACCGCAACAAAGCGUACCGCAGCCAUCAAUACUUCAUUUACCCCGACUGGUCUGGUGGUGUCUACGCCUCACCAUCAAUUGCUGGAUCUCGACCGGGAGCCCUGAUCGCUGGCUGCUGGGCGAGCAUGAUGAAGGUGGGUCAGGAUGGGUACAUCAACAGCUGCACCGAGAUCAUCAACGCGGCUCGGAAGUUUGAGUCUGCUGUUCGCGGCCACCCUCUGAUCUCUCUGCACAUGGAGGUUGUAGGCGACCCCAUGGUCAGUGUGGUCGCCUUCCGCAGCAAGAAUGGCGCUAUUGACACCUACGACAUUGCGGAUGAUUUGUCCGCAAAGGGCUGGCAUCUGAACGCUCUCCAGUCACCUCCGGCUUUGCAUUGUGCCUUUACACUCCCCACUGCCAAGGCGGUUGAGCAGCUCAUCGCUGACACAGCCGAGUGUGUCCAAAAGGAGCUCGACAAGGCCGAAGAGCGUCGCAGACAAGGAAAGGCCUACAUUCUCAAGCGUGGCGAUGCUUCUGCUCUGUAUGGUGUUGCCGGCAGCAUCCCCGACAAGAGCGUUGUCAGCCGUUUGGCAGAGGGCUUCCUCGAUACCCUGUACAAAGUAUAA